AUGAAGCCCAACAAGGCCAUCCUUACCAGUGUGGCUGACAAGAUGCGCACCAAGGGCUACACUUACUCCUUUGACGCGAUCAACCAGCAUGUUCAGAAGCUUCGAAAGAACCGCGACACCGCUGCUAUCCAGAACGCUGGUUCUGACACCGCCACUCCUCGCAAGGCUCGAGCUACAGCUCCCAAGACUCCCAAGCGAGCCCCCAAGCGAAAGGCUCCCGCCAAGUCUGCUUCCAUCGCCGAUGACGAUGAAGACCUUGAGGACAUGAAGAUGCAGCUCAAGAUGGAGGAUGCCGACGCCGACGAUGGUGACCUCCUGUCUCCCAAGGGCGCCAAGCGAGCCCGAAAUGUCACUCCCAAGGCUGAGCCUGAUGCCGACGAUGAGGGCGACAGCGGCGAGGCCUAA